AUGGUAGCAAAUAUAGUCUAUUUAUAUCAACCACUGAUUCCAUCUGCUAGAAAAAGGAAGUGCAGGAGGUGUUCUAGAGGAGGGUGUUUUUCAUUACUGGUUGCGAUAGUUCUAUCUGCACGUACAACGUCACCUCGAGUUGCAGCUUUGACAAAUCUUGCUCACUUUGUAAGGCAGAUGGAUUUGAGAUGGUAUUGUGAAGGCAAGGAGGGUUAA